AUGAGCUCUACUACGCAACCCUCCAAACCAGUUGCACCUCCUCCUCCACCACCUCCUCCGCCUGCUUCUCUCCAAUCAACCUCUCACUCUUCUUCUACCUCCGUUCCUGUACACUCUCCUCCUGCUCCCAAUAGUCUCUCUGGCGGGCAAACACUUGAACAAACUGAUUUCAAGAGCAACAAUGUGACGAUCUUUUCAUCGACUGGAGAUUACCCGGAGACAAUAGAGUUCGAUUUCUCAAGGCUGGAAGAGAAAAAGGGAAGCGUUUGGCUUCGAACUGUUAUCACUCAAUAUGUUGGAGCUCUUCAGUCUCGCAAGGUUGCUGCCAACAAGCUUUUCCUAAUACUUGGGCGCUUUAGAUGCCUGCGCCACGCGAUAGAGCGUUACAACUCGGGCAUGCUGUCCCAUACCGAUGAGUUCCUCCAAUACUGGCGUCGUCAUACCUUGAGCUUGUAA